GCUGGGCUGAGCCGCGCCGGUCGCCAGGCCUGCCUGCCUCGCUGCCGGCGCCGGACGCCUCGGGGGCCGCUUUGCUUCGGGGCCUCGCCCGGGGCGCCCGAGGGGGCGGGGAGCGAGCGCACGCCCCUCGCCCGGCGGCCACCCCGGCCGCAGCCGCCUGGCGCUCCCCUCCCCGGCUUCCUGUCGGGGCUGCGCAGUCCCGCCACCAGCGGCAGAGCCCAGGCUGGGCAGAGCUGGGCCGCGCCGGGCCGCCUGGCACCGCGCGCUAUGGAGAGGCGCGCCGGCCGGAGGGAGCAGAAGCGCGGCUGGGAGAGUCUGGCUGUGUAAAAGAUGAUGCUGUUUCCUGCUUGAGGUGACCCAUUCAUCACAGUGAAUUGUACAAGAAUGUGGAGGAGCCCAGGUCUCUGCUGUCUCUUGGCAGUAGCACACCUGUAUUUCUUCAGCUUAGUCCACUGUCAAGAGCCAGAUUCUUCUCAAGACUCUCAGAAGCUGACGUGCAUAACACAUGACUUACAAAAUGUUCUUUGCUCCUGGACUACUGCCUCUGCAACUGACCUUGGACUCAGUUAUAAAUUUUGUUAUGGUCUCAGAUAUUCCUCCCCAGUAUGUGAAAAAACUCAAGAUAACAGAGCACAGAUGACACUGAACUCAUUUGGCACUACUUUUGUAGGGAUAGAGACCUUUAAUUCAUCUGCAAAUCUAAUAUCAAAAAACACAUUUCGGCUGCGUGAAGAAAAUAUUUCAUAUGUUCCCAUCACUCCGCAGAUUCGUAACCUGACUGCUAACUCUUCAGCCCGCACAUUGAAUCUGGAAUGGAACUAUGGCGGCUUGCUUGUCCCAUUUGACAUGGACGCUACCUGGCAAAUUCGGAUUUUGCGUAAAGAUCCCAUUGAGACGGUGGCACUGGAGACCUAUGAUUCAAAAUUACCUGGCAAUACGGCUACCAUCCUCUCUUGGAGCUGGACAUCGGACAUACCUUUAGAGUGCACUACUCAUUAUGCCCAGAUUCGGUGUUACCUUCACUUGGAAGUCUUUUCUGGGACCAAGACGUGGAGUGAGUGGAGUCCACUUGCCAAGAUGCCAGGGCAAGAUACAGGCUCUUUGAUUAAAAUGUUUCCUGUAGAUGAAGUGGCGCAAGUAGGUACCAACUUGACUUUCUGCUGCGUGUGGAAGAGAGGACAAAGUUUUAAAAAGAUAGGAUAUAGCAACUAUUCAGCUGCCCUGAGUCCACCUGUCCGUCUCUCCAACUGGAGUGCUGUGAUCUAUGUGCAGAAUGCUAACAAGAGCAUCGAGGCUGGGGAUAAUGCGUGGUGUGAGGUGGAUCCUGGUGACUUUACUGGAACCACUACCUUUGUAGGCUACCCCCCUGAUACUCCACAAAACCUAUCCUGUGAAACAUCAGAUUUUAAGGAAAUCACUUGUGAAUGGAAAGCAGGAAGACCGACUAACUUGUAUAGCGCAGAACGAAGAACAAACUAUACUUUAUUUGAAAGUAUAUCUGGGAAGAAUGUUACAUAUAAUGGAAAAGAAAAUCCUGAAUAUUAUCGCUGUAAUUUUUUAGUUCUCAACAAUCAAAGAAUAUAUAACUUUACAAUCCAUGGUUCAAAUCCCCUUGGCCAAUCGGAGUCCUCUCUUUUAAUCAAUAUAAAUUAUAGAGUUCAUCCACAGACCCCUACGGCAUUAACUGUGAUUAACAAUAGCCCAACUCACAUCACUCUGGCUUGGCAGCUGUCUGGCAAUUUGAUGCCAAUUAUGCUUCAGUGUCUGGUUCGAAUUAACAGUGGUGGGGCCCCAGAAGAUUUGAAUGUGCAGCUGAAUGGUACAGAAAAUUUGACUUACUCUGUCUCCAUCGACAAAUUGCGUCCCUAUACGAAGUAUGUUUUCCAAGUUCGUUGUUCAGCUAUUGAACCCUUUUUCUGGAAGUGGAGCCGAUGGAGUGAGAAUAAACACCACACAACUCUGGAAGCCCCUCCAGCAAGAGGACCAGAUGUUUGGCGAGAGAGAAGUCCUGAUGGAGAAACUGUAAACAUCUUUUGGAAGCCACUUCCGGUUUCUGAAGCAAAUGGAUUGAUACAAAAUUAUGAAGUGUUUUGGUCUGAACUUGAUAAGAGCUUGAGCUCUGUGAGUGUUCCAGCAUACUACAAUGGCACUACCAUAGAUCUUGGGGGAAACGAUUAUGUGUUUCAUGUCGAGGCAAAAAACAAAGCCGGCUCCUCUCCUCCUUCUCAGAUAAAAAGUGCGGAAGUUCCAGUUGGUAGUGCUCCAACAGAAGACGGUUUUGCAGUAGGGGAUGGCGUUUCCAUUGCGUGGCCCCCUGAUUCUGAAGUUACCUGUGGCUACACAGUAAGAUGGUGUCAUGCUCCUGGGCCAGAACCCUGUGUUGUUGAUUGGGAAACAUUUCCUUCCAAUGUGACACAAGCUGUGAUCAAAUCUGCUCAUUUCCAGCCAGGAGUGAGAUACACUUUUUCUGUUCUCGGCUGCAAAGACAACGGAUAUCAGCUAAUGAAAUAUGUAAAUGGUUACACGGAAGAAUUAAGUCCAAGAAUUGCUCCCAAGGUGCUUGUGGAACAUACCACUUCAGAUUCCAUCUUGAUAACUUGGGAGAUGCUUCCUGUCAGUGAGCGUCGUGGCUUUUUAAGAGGUUAUUUUCUUCAGUUUGCCAAAGGGGAGGAAGGCAAAAUAAAGUCCAAGGGGUUUGAAACAGAGUUGUUUAACAUUUCGGAACCUAAACAAACAAAACUCAAAAUAUCAAAUCUUCAAGGAAAAACCAGCUACCACCUGAAUUUAAGUGCCUACACUGCUGGAGGAAUUGGACCUGGACGCAGCUUGUAUGUGGUCACGAAGGAAAAUUCGGUGGGGUUAAUCAUUGCCAUCAUUAUCCCAGUGGCCAUUGUUGUGGUGCUUGGACUGGUGACAAGCAUCCUUUGCUACCGGAAGAGGGAAUGGAUUAAAGAAACUUUCUAUCCUGACAUUCCAAACCCUGUGAACUGUAAAGCUUUGGAGUUCCAGAAGGGUCCAUGUGAGGGGAAGGCUAACCCUAAAACCUUGGAGAUGAAUCCAUGUACCCCCAACAACAUUGAAGUGGUGGAAACACAGUCUCCAUGCCUCAAGAUAGAGGACACAGCGAUUACGUCACCUGUGGCAGAUGAGCUUCCAGAAGAUGGGUUUGACUCUGAAACAGAGAGCCAUAUUGUCGUCUCCUAUUGUCCCCCCAUCAUAGAAGAGGAGAUCUCCAACCCACCAGGAGACGAAUCCAUGGGGUCUUCCCAGGUCAUUUAUAUUGACAUCCAGUCGAUGUAUCCUCCUCAAGUAAAACUGAAGGAAGAGCCAGGGGUGGACUGUGUGGCUGCUGCAGGCUAUAAGCCCCAAAUGCAACUUCCUGUGAACAGCUUAAUAACAAUGGAGGAUACAUCAUCUGCAGAAGAUGUGGACAAGACUGCAGGCUACAGACCUCAGGCGAAUCCACCCACCUGGAAUACAGGCUGUCCCGAUUCUCCCAGAUCCAUUGAGAGCAACAAUGAAAAUGCCUCGUUUGGGAGCCCUUGCUCAAUUAAUUCUCGACAGUUUUUGAUCCCACCCAAGGAGGAUGAAGACUCUCCCAAAGGGUGGUCCUUUGCAAAUUUCUUUCACAACAAGCCAAAUGAUUAGCACCAGGAUGGAAAAUGUUGCCUUUGAAAGAUUCAGUAUGCUGGGACUUGUUUUAAGAAUAGCGCCCAGAGGUGCUGUGCAGCAGGUUUAUAAUUUCAUUUCAGUGAAAUUGAAUGUUAACCUUGUUUAAGUUACAGUGUAAGUGGCACGAUUCACUAUUAGGGCUAGCUGAGCUGCUAAUUUGUAGCAGCUCAGUUAGAGAGGAGCGUUCCAUGGUAACCUUCUCUUACAUCUGAAGCCAAAGAGCUGCCACAGUUCUUGCAUCUGCUUUCAGGCAGUUUUUUCGCUGUCCGUUAGGCACAAUGUUCUUUUUUUGGGGGCUCUUUCUGGUUCCUUUUUCUUCAUGGAUAGUAUCAGAAAAGCCAACCUCCCCUUCCAAAAAUGUAGAAGGAAGAAAUGACAAGUCGUUAUAAGCUUAGCCUCUGGCCCUGACACAAUUAUGUGAGUUGUAAAAAUGUAGAGUAUGUAAAUGCCUUCAGGAUGGGUGCCUUGUUUACCCAUCCAAAUGUUGUCUAAUCAGAGGUAUUUUUAGAGUUUUACGAUUCUGGGUGACACUGCCCAACACUACAUUGAUGAUCAUUGGAAGGCAUUAGCCCUUGAACUGCUUUGUAGAGCACCUGACACUUAAAAGCCGUCUGUUUUUUUAAAAAAUUCCUGUAUGACUGAACCAGUUUUUGAGUUGAAGGACUCCAUGGGAAAUAACUUACGGAUCACAACCUCAGCUUGGGGUGUCUGUUUAGUUUUACAAGCCUGGAUGCUUGUUUCUGUACCUGCUGUAAAAAUGUAUAUGCAAAAGUCAACUCAGGGGUGCAAAAACGAGUGUAACACUGAUUUUAAAAUCUCGGUCAGGAACGGAUUAAAGUUUUAACUUCCAGCAUUUUAAAUGAUGUUUACUUUUUCCAGUUUUUGUUCGUUACUAGUCAAAUGACUGCAGUUGACUGAAAUCACAUAGUUAUGCCUGGUUAGAAUACUUCUCUGUAACAUGUUUAAUUUUUAUGUGGAGGGAUUUUUGUUUCUUUUCUUCAGAGGACCAUUCAUUCAGGUGAGCUCCAGUCUGCAGUCCUGAAGUGGUCUAGCCCAGACAUUGGUUUUCCACCUCAGGGAGAACUAGGCCACAGUCUUGUGCUGCACAUCCAUGGAAACCACUUUGUCACUUACUUACAUGAGAAUGCCACAGGCAAAUUGUUCAAAGUAAGAAUACUUCGCUGCAGUGAAAGUGUCUUCCAUAGCACUUUUCCUGUACAAAUGCUACCAACAGAAACAGGAUAAACUUGAGAACUGUUUCUGUCUAUAGUUUCCAUGGAAAACCAUUAUUUUUGGAAAUAGCUUUGUCAAUCAUGAAUAUUUGCCAUAUAUACAAAAUAGAGCUUCUUUCUCUGAAUUUCCUCACUAAUAUUUGCCCAAAUUAAAAGUGGAGAGCAGGUGUUUUUUUUGUGGAUGUCUUUAAAACUACUACUGGUAGAAGAAAUAAAAUUUUCAGCGCUGGGAUACAAAAAGAUGGGCUGCCAUUUUAAACUAAGCUAAACCAGAUUUUAACAUUUACAGUGUAUUUCUUGCAUAUGCACUUCUCUCAUUACACAGUACUUGUAGAGCGAGUGUUUUAUAUAUUCGAGGCAUAGAAAUAUUUCAGAUUUCUUCAUUGGCAACUGACAGACUCCGAGGAAGUCAAAUCUAGGGACCAAUGCUCUAAGCCCACCUCUGCUUUUACCUUCAAUCCCAGGGCAUCCCGCAUGUGAACUCAGCUGCGUAUUGGAGACCUUCCACUAAACUAUGGAAUGGCUGUUGCAUUUCCAGCUGCAGUCUGAAAUGCAUCAUAUAUUCUAGUUAUAGUCAGGUCUCUACUGCACUUUGAAUAGGUAUUUGAUACAUGAUUUGGCAGAUACGAGGGAAAGUUUCUGAUUUUCUUGGCAAAAAAGAAGUACUUUUUAUUUUACAGCAGUGAUAGUUGUGCCUUUGAUGUGAGGGGGAAUCUUUUAUUACUCAAGGAGUGAUUCCGCACAUGUUGGAUAAUUCACUUUCAAUGCACUUUAUCAAUCGUUUGAGGUGGAUUUUUUGUUCCGCACACAAAAAAAAAUCCGUUCCAAAUGAUCUAUAAAGAGGAUUGGAAGUGCAUUAUCCAAAGUGUGGGGAAUCACUCUUGGUGAGGCGGGAAAAAAAACUCUCCAGUAUCCCUUUUUGGUUUAUCUGGUAACAAUUCUUGCCUACCAGCCACCGAAUCUUAGAGCUGGAAGGGCCAUUUAGUCCAACCCCCUGCUCAAGGUAGGAAACUCAAAGCCAUCCCCAACAGAUGGCUGGACACUAUCUGCUCAAACAUCUCUGUCAAAGGAGAGCACCCCUCCAAAUUCUAUUGAUCCUCUCCAUUUUUUGUAGCAUCCAUGGCCAUAUGGAUUCCUUACAUCUUUUGACACACACUUCUGUGCUCCAAAGCACACAACCCUGAAAAAAAGCAAGCAAAAAGGAGUGCGUACUUCACAACGGACUCCAAACUGUGUGCAAAAUUUGAUUCAUCUCUAAUUGCCAUGGCCCAGUACUGUUGGUCAUUACAGUUCCAGGGUCUUUGGACCUAACUUGGUGCUUAGUCCCAAUAGUCUGAUUUUAUUAAUUUUUUUAAAGCACCUUGUGGUUUAGACUAAAGGCUGGAGAAUGAGGUGGGAGAAUGGACUGCACCACUUCAGACAGUAGGGGGAUGAUUGUGAAGAAUAACAUGAAAUGCGUCUUGCUGUCUCAGGCUUCCUGUAAAUAGAGGGACCCUCUCUCCCUGUGGUAUGCUAGUGUUUGAUUUUUGUAGAUUUUGAAGGGAUAGUCAAAUGUGGAGUUCACCAACUGCAGAUUGAUGCAGUCCAUUCCUCCACUUCAUUCCUGUAGACAAUGUCCAAGCCUUAGGGAGGGACAGUAUCUGUGAGUGGGAGAAUGAUCUUUCAUGCCAAGUUCUUAAUCUUUCUCUGGUGCUAUAUAACCUUAAUAAGCAUCUGAGGUAAAUUCUGAAAUCAGGCCCUGUGCUUUACUCAGAAGGUGAGACUCAUACCUUGAUUUUUCACAGUGAAUGUAGAGGUUAGACUGGAGUUCCUCUCAUUUUGUAUUUGAAAAUUUACAUGACAUCCAAAAAGGCUGAACUGAUUGCUAGUUUUGUCUUUUCUAGAGCAUUUAAUGAAACAUCUCUCUAAAAAGGGAGUUUUAGAAGGUUUUCUGUAGCUAGUAUGUUGUCUGCACCUGUUUUGGGGUGGGGUGGCUGGAGAACAGGGAAUAAAAUUCUGGCACUUCAGUUGGUAGCAUUUGACUUUUUUUUAAACCAUUGUUUCUGUUGCAUUAAAUGUCUUGCAGAAGAGACUGAAGUAUGCUAUUCUUUUUUGAGCCAUAUAUCGUUUUAUAUGUGAUUUUUAAUUGUUUUGUUAACAGCAAGACAGAAUGAAUUAAUUUUUGAAAAGCAUGACAUUUUAUUAAUUAUCUCUGUGUUGCUUUUGUGCUAGCUGAUGUGGAAGAAAGGGACUGUGAAUCCUGUUUUUGAAAUGGCAUUUUGAAGUGUUUAAGGAUGUACAUUUUGAAUAACCCACAGAUUAUAUAUACCUCACAAAAACUAUGUUGUAAUCUAACUGUAAAAGCAAAGUAGUGCAUUAUGACUAAAGGAUCACUUUGGGUCAUAUAGAAAAUCUCUCAUUGCUGUGUGGCAUGUACACCACUUGUUGGUUCUGUGUACCAGCUGCUCAGAGAACACUCUGCCAGAGCAGUGAGUUGGGGUGUUAUGCACCCAAAUGCCUGCAAAUACCUGCUAUCUUUGCUCUUGUACAUAGCAGGGUCACCAUUGUGCAUUAUGCUUCAGCCAGAGUGCCCAUUAUUGCCUUUUAGGGCCCACUUGCAAAAACAGCUCAGGAGGAUUGAGAAGUGCAGCCAGUCUGUUUCUGGGGUUGGCCAUCAAAAUGUACAGCAGCUUGAGCCUAUUUCUCUCCAAGCCCACCUCUAUGACCAAGCCAUGGGGAAGUCAUCCAUUUGUGUAGCAGACUUCUAGGUGUUAACAGGUUGAGAUGGGAAAGAGUGUCUGCACAAUCCAUUUUAGGCUGCUUCCCAAAUCUCAGGAUGACCACGGAAGUUCUUAAACCAAGGCUGUGGAAGCUGCCAAACAGAUACAGCCAAAGAUUCAUUGCAGCUCAUCUCGGAGAGGUUUUUCUGGCAUGGUGGUGACAGUGAGGGAAGGGAAGGAAAUGGGGAGGUUUGCUUGCUCACUUUCAAAACAGUUCUAUUGGACAAAAGUUUUCAUCCACCAAAGUUGGGAGGACUUCAUUCGUCCAAUUCAAGCAGGGCUUGUAGCCUUGUACUAUGAAAAGGCACAGAGAACAUGGAUCUCUUCUAGAGUAUCACAUCCUUAACGACCAUGGGGUCCCAUUGGGCCUAGUUUCAUAUGGAUCUAGGACAGUUCUGUGCCAGAAAAAGAAGUGUAAGAUAAUUGCUUGAACACCAAUUUUUUUUCCCCCUUCCAAACUGGGGUUUCUUGCAAGGUUAUCAAUUAUUCCUUAAUUAAAAUAUUAGUCAUGGUAGGCAAGCUUCCUUAAACCAUCCACUUCUGGUCUUCCCCGGUGCAAUGGUGUUGUGUUCAAUAUAGUGCACCCUCAGGCCUGGCAGGGUGAGGCCUUACUAGACCUGUGCCCCACAUGAACUGAAAGUGCACCCAAGCCACUAAAAUGUGCCCCAGAAUUCUUUGCCAGGCUCACUGUGUUAAAUGUUCCCUGAAGGUAAGGAACUUCUAUCAGUUUCCAGUGGACCUUCACCAUUGUUUGUGAUUUGUGAACUACACACCAAGCAGGAGAAACUUAUGGUGGGUUAGAUUUCUUGCCUUAUUUCUGUGUGAUCAUUUGGCCAAGGCCUUUAUUGUGAAUGUGAAAUCCUCUGAAAUAAGAAAGUUGAAGGAAGUGGAGAUGAGGAAGUUGAAUUGGGGCAAUGAGCAAAAAUGGGAAAGGUGCAAAGGGGUUGGGGGUCAGACUAUUAAAUGUUACUUGUAUGAUAAAUGCUGUAUUUUAUAGCUCAAUAAAUGCUAAUGGAUUUUAUUAAGAAUGUAGAUAGCAUAUUCAAUGUAUUAAUGGAUGUGAAGAUAAUUCCAAAGUUUUUUGAAAUAUUAAAUAAGCGUUAUCAUGUUAAUCAAACUGGAAUACUAAUAGUUGCUUUAGGUUUUGGGGUGUUCUCUCUGCAAACAGUUAAACUCUUACCUAUCUUCCCAUUCAGUCUGGGAUACACAGAGCUGCUGCAUUUGGCAACUGGGCGCCAAAUGACUCAGAUGGUGUUUGUCUCUUAAGCAAACCUACAUGAUGUAUGCAAACGAAUGUAUUUUUAUUCUGCUGUAUAUAUUGAAAUCUCUGGGAUGGCCUUUAAGACUGUUUCUUAAUCUCACCCUUUGCCCUUGGAGUUGCUGUACUGUAUUCUAGCAAAGGAAACCCCAUGUGGACACUUUUAUAGGGUCCCUGUUAGGCAUUUUAUUGGAAAAGUGUAGGCAUUAGUAACUUCCGGUGUUCACCUGAUAUAAUAUAUUCUUGCCCCCCUUCCUAUGCCAAUAACACAUUUAGCAGUGUGUGUGUAAAGUGCUGUCAAGUUGCAGUUGACUUAUGGUAACCCCAUAGGGUUUUCAAGGCAAGAGAUGAACAGAGGGAGUUUGCCAUUGGCUGCAGUGGGGAAAGGACUAAACUCCUGCUAAGCAGUGAGAUUGGCGCUGCCAGUUUAACUGUGCUAAAAAAUCAGUGGAGAAGAUCCAAUGUUUAAUAAAUAUCUAUGCUGCAAAAUUAGCCAUUAAGGUAGCCUUAUGUUGCCAUGUAAAAUUACCCAAGUAGACUUUGGGAAUAGAAAAUAAGUUUGAGAAAUACAGCUGGGGAGGAAGAGAUGGUCAAUACUAAUAUAUUAAAUUUAGCAUGAGCAUACAGCAAGUUUGCCUGGUUAUCGUAUUGGCAAUGUACUGCUUAUCUCUGUUUUACAAAUAUGCAUGUAUUUAAGAGUUUGCCAGAAUAUUGCCAUGAAAUUUAAUAAAUGUAUUUUCAUAUA